AUGGACGAGACGACGAAGAUUGAGGGCCACCUCUCUUCUGCGGCUGCUUUUGUGGAAGGAGGAAUACAAGAAGCCUGUGAUGAUGCCUGCAGCAUAUGCCUCGAAGCCUUCAGUGACAGUGAUCCUUCUACUGUACGUUAUCGAGCAUAUUUUCUUGUGGUCGCAGUUCUUUUACUCUGUUUCUAAAAGCUUGUAUCUAUCUUAAGUUCAUGAUUAUGCUUCUAUAGAGUUCAUUCUGAUUUCAUUCGUUCAGGUGACGGGGUGCAAGCAUGAGUUCCAUCUCCAGUGCAUUCUUGAAUGGUACAUCUUGGCUUCCUAUGUUUUCACGCUUCCUUUUUUUGUUUUUCGUCUCUGGAACCUUACACAGAAGUUGGACUGUUCUUCAUUCAGUGGACGCCAAUCUCGACGUCAAUUAAUAUCCCCUCUUUGAAAGUGUCUCCCUUUCUUGUUUUACUGUCAUGUUCAUCGUGUCUUUCGCUCAUAUGUGAAUUCAAUAAACCACCCGGCAUGGAUAAUGCCUACAGUAAGAUACCCAGUUCAGUUUCUUCUUUUCUGGAUGCCUGCUGAAUAUUUGCGUCUUUCCUGUUAAUUUUUUGCUUAGGAAAAGAUCAUAUCUAUUUCACCUUGUGACUGAUCCCAACCAUUUGAGCAUUGUGGGGAUAAAUCUAGCUGGACACUCCACUAUUUCAUGCAUCGUAUUACUGUUCGAGAUGUUCUCUUUGGGUGCCUCUGGGGGAGAUUGCCCUGGUUAUUUUCUUCCUCUUUUAGGACAUGCAUUGAUUCGGUCUUUAUUUCUCUGAAUCUUCUUCCUUUUCGUGUACUUUGGCCAUGAGAGCUCUGAUGGUGGCAUGCAUUUUGGAUGUGUUGAUCACAUUUCUAAGAUCCCUGGAGGAAAUCAGACGAUGUUCUUAACAGAGCUGGGGAGUGAAGAUGGACACAUUUUAAAGGGCAUGAUUGAAUAUAUAAUGAGCUAUCAAAUGUGAAACUUGGUCAGCGGUUGCAUUGUAAUUGUAAAAUGGGGAAUUCAAUUGCACCGCAGAGUUUUGAACAUUUUGGUCGAGACUAUCAAUCAGACUGACUAAGUCAGCGCCAAUUCAAAACUUCAAAUCAUCCCUAAAGGUGAUGUGCUUAUUCUGGUUUCCUGUCUGUCAUUCUCACAUUAGGUUUGGCCCUUCAUAGAUGACCAUAGAAAAAUCAAGUGGUCAACCAAAACCCGAGGAAUGGAGACAGGUGAUAUAUCAUCACCUAUCUAGCCUUAAGGUGAUGUCCAUGAACUCUACAUGCAGGAUGGUGCCGAGUAUAUCCCGGAUAAUAUUCUAAGCUAUUAAGGUAUGAUGAUCAUUGGAACUUAUUCUUCUUCAUUGAGACCCUCAUCAUAUUCUGAUUUUUUUUUUAAAAUUUUUUUUGAUCUUCACGUGUGACUACCUAUUGUGAUUUCAUUAGUCAGGUAACAAGUUGGUUAAUAAUAACCCAAAGAAGAUGACAUUCUGCUGUCCCAACCGUGCAUUUUUUCCUUCUUUCUCAGUCUUACUAAAUUCUAGACUUAGAACACAUGUCCUCGGCUGCAUGAACUAGAAAGGGAUUAUGGCUGCAUGAGACUGUAUGGUAUCCAAAUCGGGUUUCAUCAGUGAUGUUAUGCAAAUCUCUGAAUUGACUUUGCAUCUUCUCAUUCAUCAUCUAGCUGACUCCAACUAAUGGGAAAAAACUCAAGAAGCAUUGUUCCUCGCUAGGAAAAGCACAUCUAAUUAGAGAUCACUCAACUGUCGCCUGUCUAUGUGCAUUGAGCGUAAUAUGCCAAAACUCCGUGCAGAACUGGUUCUUAUCCUCCUUAUACGUAGGGAACUUGGAUACUCGUCUUUUCUACAACACUCCAUUGAACUGUGGCCUUUCAUUUACCAUCAUCUUUCUCAACACCCUCACUAGAUUUAAGCUGGCAAGGUAUUCUAGCUCCCUGUUCCUUACCUAGCAGAAAAUUUCCUAUGUAGAACAAUUCCUAUGAGAAUUUACUAAGUAAAUCCAAACGGUUGAGAAAAAUCUUGUUGGCAGUUUCCCAAGAGCAUAAGUUAAGGAAUUUUUUUAUGCAAUGCAUGGAGUAAUAACAUUAGCGACUGAGGCUCUAGGGUUCCAGAAACUCAUGGUUGAUCAUUUAUCAUGAGAAGUAAAUGCACGUUAGUAGUUGAGAAUCUGAUGGAUACUACAUGUAGAUCUUUCGAGUCUAUUCACUCGGGGACCUAAUCAAAUCUUUGAAGUCUGCUAAAUCUUGUACCUAAUGAAAAGAGGCAUAUCAUUUAUGACCAUCAUUUCUAUACCAGUGCCCUAUGAUCUAUGGCCAGACCUUGGUUUUGAUUGUAAUCAUUAUGGUAUGGUGCCAAAAACCUGUUCGCUAAUCUCUAAUUUUACAAGGCCUAGUAAAAUAUUUUAAGUUUACUGAAUUGUGUAUGCAAACCGGAGAGCUGUGUUUUUGUUUAGAUUCAUCAUAUAUAUCUUUUAGGCUAUGAUCAAACCAGGAUUUCUAUUUGAGAACGCCUAAUAUUUGUAGGCCUAGUAACUAGGUGCCGCACCGGUUUUCAGAGGUAGUACUUGGAGGAAUAUCUAGAAAAAUAAUAGAAGGCCGUUGUGGUUCUAGUUGGUCUCGAAUGUUUUUGUUCAUUACAGAUUGAAGCAGGUUUUAUUUCCCUCUUCUUCUAUAAAAACAAGAAACAAACUCUAUCUGUUUUGAAGUAUCCUCCUUGGCGAUGAUGAAGUUUGUUUUGGGUAAUUUUCAGGUGUCAGAGGAGCUCACAAUGCCCAAUGUGUUGGCAGGCCAUCAGUUUGAAGGAUCCUACGAGGUCUAUUGACUCAUCGUGCUCCGUUAACAUGCUUUUAUUUUCUUGUUCUUCAGCGAAUUUUGUAUGACAGUAUAUUUUUUCAGCCAAGAAUUAUUGGAAGCAGUAGAACAUGAGAGGAGCUUCAGGUUGAAUCAGUCUAGAAACACUGCCAUCUUCCAUCACCCUGCUCUUGGAGACUUUGAGUUGCAGCAUGUACCACCUUGUUCACACCUUCUUAGAUGUUACAUCUCGUUGUUGUGUCUGUGGCUGGGUCAUUUUUUUCAAAAAUUUGAACUGUUGUUUUCUGCAGUUGCCCUUGGGCAGAAGUGAUGCUGAGCUGGAAGAGCGGAUAAUCCAGCAUCUGGCUGCUGCUGCUGCAAUGGGAAGAGCUCGACGCAUAGCUCGACGGGAGGGUCACAGGAGGCUAGGAGCCCAGGGGCGUCAGCAAGUUUUGGUCUUCCAAGCGCAUCCCACUGCUACGUCUACUAGUCUUCUUUCUGCUGUCUCAGCGGAUAGAGGAGAUGCUCCUGCUGGCUUGUCUGCUCGCCUCUCUGAAGGGGAGGAAUCUUCUCACCAGGCUACUCACAAUGCCCCAGUAGAAGUUCUUAGCUCGACAUUUCCAUCGAACGUCCCCUCUACCAAUGGGCCCGGGCCCUCGAGUAACUGGUACCCACCAAAGCAGCAUGGAUGUUCUUGACUUUGCCAUCAUUUUUGCAUCGAAGAGUCUCAGUGAUUGGCUCUCCUGCAGGAAUCCUGCAAGUCAGCCCACGGCUGCUAGUCAAGAGAGAGUAGGGCCCUCAGACUUGCAAUCUCUCUCGGAAUCAAUAAAAUCUCGGUUCAAUGCAGUCUCAUUGAGGUUGAACAACUUACCAAAAAUUUAAUUUCAUUCUUGGUAAUCUGAUUUGAUUUUUUAUGCCCAUUUCAUUUUGAGAGUUGUGCUCAAAUACGUUGUCUUUGGGUUGCAGAUGUAAAGAAUCCAUUACAAGGAACACAAGAGGAUGGAGGGAAAGAUUUUUUUCACGAAGCAGUUCUAUCUCAGAUAUUGGUUCUGAUGAUAGGACGGCGGCGCAUGCUGGAAUCACGUCUGUCUCGCACAUGGUGGAGGAUCCCGAUCCAAGAGAAGACAACAUAGCACACAGUCCUCUCCCACAAGGCGUGGAGGGGAUUCCGGGGACCCCAGGGGAUAGGACAGGGCAAACUGAGGUUCAUUCGGAUGGCUCCCAUGCGGCAGCAGGCUCUGCUGCGCGUUCUGGUUCGAAUUGA